GCAGCCCGCUGUGGUCCUCAACAUACCUCCUGAUGUCCUGACCCAGUCCAUCGACUUCGCCAGUUUGAUCCGACCUGCUAAUCAAGGCCUGGUGGCAGGUGACAGCUCCGAAGAUGUACCAAAGACUCACCAAUGAUGCCUUUGGACAAAAAAAAUGGCACGUCACGUCAGGCUACCAUUGUGAAAGAUUCAUUAGAAGAGUUCAAACACUCCCCCAUCCUCAUAAAUCUGCACAGGCCUAAAGAGAUACUCCCCUUCAGAACGCAGGAGCUGGUCACACACCAGAUGAAUCCUCACAACAGAUGCUUUUCUUACUGAUCACUGGAUGCUUCUCGCUGAGAUGGAGAAAAGAGCAGAAACAUCUCAUCAUUCUCCAAGAUCUGUACAGACAAAGAGGGAGCCAUCACCUUCUGCUAAAGAGAGAAAAACCAAAGCAUCCAAAUCCGUCAAGCUCCAAGAGCCCCACAAAAGAAAAGAAAAACCAGAAGUAACUGAAGAAAAAGAAAGUGGUGAAGCCAAAGAGGCUCAAAUCAUCUCCAGCAGCACGGUUGUAAAUGUAGACAGCGUGAGGGAGCGAAUAAAAGAAGAUCGAGAGGAGUUAUUGGGGUUAUUGGAGACUGAGGGGCCUGGAGAAGGCUUGAAGAAGAGAUACCUUGGAGUUUGUGAGCUGCUUCUCAUUGUUUUGGUCCUGUCCGUGGUGAUCUUCUUCUUUCCUAUUUCAAUCUGGUUCUGUGUGAAGAUUGUGAGAGAACAUGAGAGAGCUGUGAUAUUUCGGUUGGGGCAUCUAUUGCAGAAGAGACCCAGGGGCCCUGGGCUGAUGUUUUAUCUUCCAUUUUUGGAUGUGUGCAAUAUAAUGGACAUUCGUCUGAAGAUACUGAAGAUCCCUCCUCACACGGUGGUAACCAAAGACCUGGUGUGUACCGAAGUAAGUGCGGUGUGUUACUAUUGUAUCGAGAAUGUGUCUGUGUGUUAUUCAUCCCUCGCCGGUGUCCCAGAUGUGCUGCAGGCUCUGACCCAGGUCUCCGUCAGAGAGAUACUGGCCCAUCAUGCCUUCACUGACAUUUUGCUGGACAGGAAACGGAUGGCCCAGGAGAUUCAGGCCACUUUAGAUUCGAUAACCUGCAGGUGGGGAAUCAAAGUGGAAAGAGCGGAAAUAGAGGAAAUCAGUCUUCCACCAGAGCUCCAACACAACUUUGCUGUGGAGGCCGAAGCAAGACGUCAGGCACAAGUCAAAGUGAUCGCGGCAGAAGGAGAAAAGGCGGCUUGUGAGGCUUUGAAGUCCUCUGUGGAGUCUCUCUCUGGUUCUCCGCUGGUCGUGCACCUUCGACUCUUACAGCUCCUCCACAGUCUGCGCUCAGAGCAGCCCGCUGUGGUCCUCAACAUACCUCCUGAUGUCCUGACCCAGUCCAUCGACUUCGCCAGUUUGAUCCGACCUGCUAAUCAAGGCCUGGUGGCAGGUGACAGCUCCGAAGAUGGUACCAAAGACUCACCAAUGAUGUAAAUACAACAUGAUUGUCAGUGUUUACUUAUGAAUUUUAUGUAGGUAUACAUGAUAUAUUGGUACUAUAUUGGUUAAUGGCCAAUAUUCAAGAUUUUUUCAAUUUAUCAGUAUGGGUUGAUAUUUGUUUGUUCAUGCGUCUUCUAACAUUCACUUAAAGUUAAUCUUUAAAAAGCACUAUAAUUUAAUAACACUGUUAAAUGUAAUCUUAUUCAUUAAUGAUAAUGUGAUAUGAUACGUGCAAUACAAGUACACUUCAAACACA